AUGGCUCAGGCAUGUGGCAUAAUUGAUCAAGAGCUACAUUGUAUUUCACAACAACUUAAACGCAUUUUGAAUGAUCAAGAUGCGAUUCUAGCCGGUAUAGAAAGCGAUCCAAACCUUAAGAUGGAGGGCAGCGCCAGGCGGGAAGAACCCAGUGAUGUUCAGGCUAUAUUGAACCAGGACGUUCAGCUAAGUAAAAAGCUAGGUGCCUUAAAGGAACUCAACCUAGUUGCAAAUUUGAUUGAUGAAUUCAAAGCAAAUUUCGAGCUGUGGGAACUCGAGAACUGUUACUACUCCCUACAAAACUUACACAAAAGGCUUGAAAAAGUUGACAUGUCCUUGUUCCCUAUUCAGUUCCAAGGAUUGCUGAAGGUGCACAUAGACUCCUUGCAUGUGGACUUAUUAUCUCGAAUCGAUAAGGUUAUGCGCCAGUUCUGGGACAUAAGUGCCAGGUCGGUUACGUUCAACCAAAAAAUCGCGGUGGACCGCGACGACGUGCUGUUGGAGUAUGAUUCAUUCUCUUUGUUUCUCAAGUCCUGUUUCUUUUCACAGGAUCAUUUUGAGCCGACUUCGUGGUUUGUUGCAACUAUGAACAUGGGUGACGCAAAGGAUAAAGUAACAAACUUGCUAGCAACUGCAUUUAAUGAGUGGGUUAGACUUCAAACAGUUCAGGAAAAACUUAAGCAGUUCCUUUUUUCUGCAAAUGUUUGUUUAUCCUUAAAGGGCUGUACUUUAGGAGCUUCAGAGAACCCCGGAAAUUUGGAUGACACCUUAAAAAGCUUCGAGGCCCUCGUUAUGUUUAUGAAAGAUGUCACAACUGCGGAGGAUACUGCUGUUAUUUUGGCCAAGCUUGGAAAUACUCUGCUUACAGAAAUAGUCAAAUUUGUCAAGCAGAACUCUAGUCAUUUAUUUGCACCAGGAACUAAUUACAAAAACUCAGUGGUUAGCCUGAAUACAAUGCUAACUGAGCUUUCGCAUAAAGGAGGGAAAUCUUGGCAAUACGCGGGCAGGGAGCUUGAUAACUUAAUAAACGAUGAUUCAGUAAUCAACAAUCUCAUGCUAGAUAAGCUGCUACAAGAACAGAUUUCUGCCAUAAGGAAACAGUUUGCCAGUGGGGAUUGGAAAAAUAAAAGGGCAAUAAAAGUAAAAGCGCGAAAGACCUCUCUUUCCGUUUUGUCUGGCGAACGCUCCAAAGCACAUAAAACUGGCACUGGAACGUCGGACGACGAGUGGGCCUGGGAUCACGAUAAUGUUAGCGCAGAGGUUGGAGAGGAUGAAGAUGGUUGGGGGAGUGAAACGGAAAUCGCACUGGACUCGAAAGAAGCUCAUGAUCCUAUCGUCCUUUCAAAAAAAGAUGCUGAAGGAGAAAACGAUUGGCAGAACGCGUGGGACGAAGCAGCAAGUCUUGGAGACGAUUUUGAUGACACAAUGAAGGUUACUCAGGUACCUGACCUGUUCAAACAAAUUUUUACCGAUUUUGAAGCUGGCUGCGAGAAGAUUGGGCAAAACAAAAUAAGUGCUGUUGUUGACUACAAACGUAAUGUUCUGCUAACUUCAUUUAUGGCCAUGUGCAUGUGCAGAUACGAAGAGUGGUGGCAGCUUUACCAUGAUGUUGACUUCAUUCUUUCAGAGAGCGCUGACGCUCGUAAACUGUAUCGUCUGCAUGAACUCAACUCUCAUUUUGUGAAUACGCAUGUCGAAAACCUUAAAAAGACGGCGAGGAAAAUCAUGGGACAACAACUGCAAAACUUCCAAGCUAGCGACAAAAGCCCAAAUUGGGGCAUAACAAUUGAGUCGCUGCUUCCAUACAUCGAAACCGCGGCCCUGCCUGCACUGCUUAAGCUUCGAAACCCUCGGAUCCUAUCUGGGUUUCUCGAAUAUCUUUAUGCUGAUUGCCUCGUGAAUGAAAUACUGUCAUGGCGAAUGAUUUCAGAGAAAAACUCCGAAAACCUAGCAGAGCUCAUAAACCUCCUUUUGACUGGGACUGACGUUAGGCAGGUGGAAACUGACCCGAAAAUUGUGCACUCCCGAGAGAAAUUAGAGAUAAUCGGGCGCGUACUCACUGCGCAUCUCACAGACAUCAUGGAUAUGUUCUCCAAUGGCGACUUUUACCUUUUUUCAACGGACGAGGUCGUUCAAUGGAUCGUGAUGCUAUUCGCCGACACAGGUCUAAGAAGAGAGUGUAUUGACGAGAUAAGAACUAUCCGCGAGGAGCAGGGUACCUGA